CUGUCUGGAUUUCCCAGCACUUCAGGGUCAGCUUCUUGUCUGCUUGUAUCUUCCACAGUGAGGAGCCAUUAAUCUCCGUCAGUGUUCAAAAUACAGUUUGAAUCAUUUUCUCCACGGAAAAGAUAAGUGUACUAUGAAUGAGGAGAGAGGGGAGGGAGGUCCUACUUCUGAAACCACUCUAUCUGGAGACCAUGGCCACCAGAGCAAAGCUAAGAGAAGAGUUCAGCAAGAGACACCCGAAUCCCCUGGACCCAGCGGUGUCUCCAUGGAGAAGGACUGCUCCAUGGCUAGACCUGUUGGGUUCAAUGAAGGACAACCUUUCGUAGAAGGACAACCCUUUACGAAAAGAGUCAAGCAGGAGAGAGCAGGCUCCCCUGGACCCAGCUGUGUCUCCUUGAAUACUGAUGAUUCUAGGAUUCAUCCUCUUCAAUGUAAAGAAGAGGCCCACUCCCCCGGAGAGGAGAGCAGUCAGCACCAGGAGAGAUCAAAGGUAACCAGUGCUCAGUCUUUACUGCAGCAUCAAACAGAGCUGAUCAAGAGGGCUGAGGAGGGUGCACAAACUUUUCUAGACAAGAGGCUGAAGAAGCUCUGGAGGGUUCUCUUCCCAGAUCACCCACAAUGCUCAGAGAGUCAAAGGGAAGAGGAGGAAGAGAUGGAUGGUAAGAAAAAUGACCAGUGGAGGCGCGCCCUAAAGGGAGUGGUAGACAUCGCAAAGCUCUGCCUGAUGGAGAUGAACCAGGAGGAACUGGCUGACAAACUGUGGAGCGAAACUGUUGCUGUAGAGUGCCAAGGUAAAAUCAAGUCUCAUCUGAAGAAGGUGUCCGGGUGUGUAUUUGAGGGAGAGUCAACAGGUCUGAUUGACUUCUACAUAGAGCCUUGCAUCACAGAGAGAGGCAGUGGAGAGGUUAACAUGGAGCAUGAGGUCAGAAUGAUGGAAACAGCUUCCAGAAAACUAGGCAAGGAGGAAACCAUAAUCAAAUGUGAAGACAUCUUUAAACCCUUACCUGGAAAAGAUCAACCAAUCAGAACAAUAAUGACAACUGGAGUGGCCGGCAUUGGUAAAACCGUCUUAACACAUAAGUUCACUCUGGACUGGGCUAAAGGCAAAACCAAUCACGACAUACACUUCACAUUUCCAAUCACUUUCAGAGAGCUGAAUUUACUGAAAGGGAAAGAGUUCAGUUUGCUGGAACUUCUGCAUUACUUCUUUAUUGAGACCAAAGAAGCAGGAGUCUGCAGAUUUGACCAGUUCCAAGUUGUCUUCAUCUUGGAUGGUCUGGAUGAGUGUCGACUUCCUUUGGACUUCCAGAACAACCAGAUCUUGACUGAUGUCACAGAGUCAGCCUCAGUGGACGUGCUGCUGACAAACCUAAUCAGGGGCAACCUGCUUCCCUCUGCUCGCAUUUGGAUAACCACACGCCCUGCGGCAGCCAAUCAGAUCCCUGCUGAGUGCGUCGACAUGGUCACAGAGGUGAGAGGGUUCACCGACCUGCAGAAGAAGGAGUACUUCAGGAAGAGAUUCAGAGAGAAUAGCGAAGCACGUACAACCAUCUCCCACAUCAGGACAUCACGCAACCUUCGCAUCAUGUGUAACAUCCCAGUCUGCUGUUGGAUCAUGGCUACAGUUCUGAAGCACUGGUUCAAAACAGCCAAGAUAGGAGAAGAGAUGCCCAAGACCCUAACUCAGAUGUACAUCCAGUUCCUGAGGGUUCAGUUCAUACAAGGCGACAGGAAGUACACUGGAAGAGCUGGAACAAAUCCACAGUGGGGUCCAGAGAGCGGGAAGAUAAUUUUUUCUCUUGGAAAACUGGCUUUUAACCAGCUGGAGAAAGGCAACCUGAUCUUCUACGAGACAGACCUGGUAGAGUGUGGCAUUGAUAUCCAAGCAGCCUCAGUGCAUUCAAGAGCAUUCACCCAGAUCUUUAAAGAGGAGUGCGGUCUCUACCAGGACAAGGUGUUCUGCUUUGUCCAUCUGAGCAUCCAGGAGUUUCUGGCUGCCUUAUAUGUCUUGCUGUCCUUUAUCAACAAUGGUGUCAAUCAGCUCUUAGAAGAACAACAAAAGUCUGAUAAUAGCCUCAAUGCCAUCCUCAAGAUUGCUGUGGACAAGGCCUUACAGAGUGACAAUGGACACCUGGACUUGUUCCUACGCUUUGUCUCUGGUCUCUCUCUGAAUCCCAAUCAAACUCUCCUUAAAGGUCUGCUGAAUGAAACAAAUGAUUACCAUUAUUCUCUAACCUCUUCUAUCCGCGAUAAGUUAAGGGGAGAUCUCCCUCCAGAGAGAAGCAGCAAUCUGUUCCACUGUCUGAAUGAGUUCAACGAAUAUUCUCUGGUAGAGAAUAUCCAACGGGACCUGAAAUUAGGAAGUCUCUCCCGGCAACAUGUCUCCUCUGAGGAGUGGUCUGCUCUGGUCUUCCUCUUACUGUCAUCAGAAAAGGAACUUGACGUUUUUGACCUGAAGAAAUACUGUGCUACAGAGAAGGGUCUUCUGACGCUGAUGCCAGUGUUAAAAGAAUCCAAAACAUUUCAGCUGGAUGUCUGUAAGCUGUCGGAGAAAUGCUGUGGAGCUCUGGCCUCAGUUCUCAGCUCAAACUGUAGAGUGAGAGAGCUGGACUUGAGUAACAAUGAUCUGCAGGAUUCAGGAGUGAAGCUGCUCUCUGCUGGACUGAGGAGUCCACACUGUAAACUGGAAACUGUCAGGUUGUCUGGCUGCCUGGUCACACAGGAAGGCUGUGCUGCUCUGGCCUCAGCUCUGAGCUCCAACCCCUCCCAUCUGAUUGAGCUGGACCUGAGCUACAAUCACUCAGGAGACUCAGGAGUCACGCUGCUCUCUGCUGGACUGGAGGAUCCACGCUGGAGUCUGGACACUCUCAGUGUGGAGGACGAUGGAGUGGGGAGGCUGAUACCAGCUCUAAAGAAGUAUGCCUGUGAACUCACACUGGACCCAAACACAGCCUAUAAACAUCUCCUUCUGUCUGAGGUCAACAGAAACGUGACGCUGGUUAGGAAGGAGCAGUUGUAUCGCAAACACCCACUGAGAUUUGACCACCAGAACCAUGUGUUGUGUAAAGAGGGUCUGACUGGCCGCUGUUACUGGGAAGUAGUGAGGGAAGGAGAUGUUUAUAUAGGAGUGGCAUACAAAGGAAUCCCAAGGAAAGAACGGAAUGCUGAAGGCUGGCUUGGCGAGGACAACAAGUCCUGGAGUCUUUAUUGUUAUGAUGGUGGUUACACUGCCCGGUACAACGGUAGUACAACAGACAUACGUCUCCACCCCUCUGGCUCUGACAGGGUAGGAGUGUAUCUGGACUGGCCUGCUGACACUCUGUCCUUCUACAGAGUGUCCCCAGAUGUAGGAGGGUCCUCAGACACACUGACACACAUCCACACCUUCCAGUCCGCAUUCACCCAGGAGGACCUCCUCCCUGCGUUUGGGUUAUGGGGAUUUGGUUCCUCAGUGUCUCUGUGUCGGAUAUAGCCACACAACACACACAUACACGUGUGCAUAUACAGACACACACACACACACACACACACACACACACACACACACACACACACACACACACACACACGUGUAUAUAUAUACGGGCAGACAGGUUUGUAUGCAGGAUAUAAAGCAUAUCAAGGUCAUGUGAGUGUCUCUUGGCUGUUCAUUGCUUAGCCAUCUCUGUAUUCCUACAGCGUUGGAAUACGUCGCGGCAUGGUGAGAUUAAAGGGGGACAGCCCGGUUGAGUGUGGGGGUGAUUUUCUAAUCCGAUAAAGCGUUUGUUUUGGAGAUGACCAGUUGUUAUCUGGAUGCAUGUCUGGAAUAUCCGCUUCUGGACCCCUGGAUGUACAUGUUUUGCAUUGUGUUGUUCUAGCAACAGCUGUUUAUGCUCUUAGGAGUCAACUUGGAGAUUGUAGUGCUUAAUACAUACACUCAACAAUACUCCAAUCUCUUCUGAAAGUCUAGCAUGUUGAACUGGGAGAGCAGGUGACUUCUAAGAUCUUCCAUAGGGUUAGCCUAGCUGGUUUCACAGAGAUUUAUUUUCAAUUAUUAUUAUUUGUUUUAAUCUUGAUAUGAUUAUUCGUAUUGUACUUUACUACAAUAUUUUGGAUAGAGUACUUCAUUAUAACAACAUUUUCAAACUAAAGGGCUCUGAUAGCCUUUUCUAUUUUGAUAAGCGUGUAUAACCUGAUUUAAAGCUGAUUUAAUUAUAUCUUAAAAUAGAUUCCUUGUGUUCAGUUGGGGGCCACACGGCAGAAGAACAUAUUCUGUUUUUUAAAGAUUUGUGUGCCCCUGUUUAUGAUUAGUAAUGUCUGCUACUUAUACUUUUAUCAUUCUGUUCUGUGCGUACAUGUAAGGGUCAUAUACUCCGUUGUAUUUGUUCAUAAAGCAUUAUGAUAAUAAACAACUCAGUGGAUCCAA